UGACGGUGGUAUUUCCUUCAAUAACUUAUCAUCAGAUUUCAUAUUCCGUUUCUGUAACUGGCGUAUUUUUAAAUAGUAUAUCCAGCAAUAAUGAUUGGCUUUCUUAAAAUGCUUUUGUAAUUCGUCUCAAAGAUACUCCCAGCAUGAACCGAUGGAAGAAAACCUACACUAUAACCGAACAUUUCAAUGUCACCAAUGCUUCUACAGAAAACAUCCUCUCAAAAGAACCACUGGAGUACAAGCCGUGGUACAAGAGGAUCUCUUUCAAGCCCUUUCUGGGGAUGUUUUAUGUCUUCAUCACUAGCUUUUGCAUUCUUUUCACUUCAGUUAUCGUCAAGAAGCUGACGUAUGUCAGCCCAGGACAGCUAUCUAUGAUCAGAAAUUUAGGUGUCCUGGCUUUCAGUCUUCCUAUAGCCGUCCUCAAAACCAAAGAUGUAUUGGGACCCAGGAAGCACUGGUUUAUGCUUUUCAUGAGGUCAUUUUUAGGAUCAACAGCCCUUUACCUCAACCUGAUGGCUUAUCGCUUUCUACCACUGGCUGUUGCAUCUAUUAUAAUGUCUUCUGUACCUGCUUUAGUUAUGAUCACAGCAAGAUUGUAUCUAAAAGAACCUUGUGGAUUGACCUCGUCUCUAGCUCUUGUAGUGACUAUUAUAGGAGUUUUAGUAUCCAUUCGUCUGCCCGAGAUCAUAAGUGAUCCAGAAAGCCUCAUCGAGUCAAACUCCACGUAUUACAUUGGGUUGGGCUGCUCUUUCAGCUGCAUCAUUAUUCUAUCUAUGACAUUCGUGUCACUCCGAAAAAUGCUAGACGUUCAUUUUUCUACCAUACUGGUGUAUUUUGGAGUAAUAGGCGCGAUUGAGAACGCCGUUUUGAUUCAUUUCAUGUCUUUUUAUAGCAUUCCUCGAUGUGGCUGGGAUGCUCUCCUCAUGAUGAUGAUGGGAGUCUUUGGAUUCGGUGGCCACUGUUUCCUCACCAUGGCUUUCCAGGUGGAAGAGGCAGGUUUAGUGUCCGUCAUGAAGUCAUCCUCGGACAUCGUGGUGUCAAUUGUGCUUCAAGUCAUUUUCUUUGAUUUGAUCCCAGAUUUCUACGAUAUAGGAGGAGCGUUGCUAGUCAUUAUGUCGGUAUCUAUCAUUGGAUUUCGUAAGUGGUUAAUCAAUCUCCCGAAAGACCACCAUCUCAGAAAAACAUUAAGGUGCCUCAUGCUGUAACCAAUGGCCAAGUGUGUCAGGCCACAUUUAUUUUUAGAGCUUCAAGAUCAGUAUUCAAUUGGACACAUUUACUUUUAGAGUUUCAAGAUCAGUAUUCAACAGGAUACAUUUACUUUUAAGCUUGAACAUCAGUAUUGUUGCUGAAUAAUUUCGUCGCAGUACCCUAUAUUCUGGUUUUCAUAUUAUUAAAGAUCCAAAUACACCAUAUAUACUUUCGCGUAAAUAUAUAUCUUAUUUUAGAUACAUUUUUUAAAAAGAGUUGGCGACUUCUUUCUAUUAAAUAAAUUCUACAUCAUAAUAGAAUAUUGUAGAAAGCAGUUGAUUAAAUAGAAGUGCUUAUUGAAGUAGAAGACUGCAUUUAUUUUCUUUGUGAUCGCUAUACUGUUACUAUUAAUUAAAGGAUACUUGUCAGAAUUUGAAUUCCUAAGGGAAUAAUUGUUUUCAGAUAUAAUAUAUAUCCUUUGAUUCUGCCGAAUAUGUAUUCAAUUCUGUUGAAAAUUAUUUAUUAUUAUAUUCAUGUAAAAUUAAAAGUUUUGUUUUUAUUGACAAAAAUAUUAAAUAUUUUAGUGUUCUUAUCAUUCACAUAU